UCCCUCCUUCUUUUUUCAUAUUUGUAAACAAGAAUGACGGAAACGUAUCUCAAUCAUCUUAUUAAAUGUAAGAUUCAUUGAGUUAGCGAUAUAUUAAAAUGAUCGAAUUUUGCACUUUUCGGCGAAUGGUCUUAUUUAUUAUAGGUUUAAUUGCUACAUCAUUAAUUGUGCUAACUAUAGAGAGCUUUCUAACUCCUUCAAAUGGUAAAUAUCCAGAACAUCCAGGCAGUCAAGGAGAAAAUACAUCAAGUGCUCCCUGUUGGCAGAAUGAAGAUUAUAUUAUUAAGCAACAUUGUUCCCCAUGCUCGCAGUUCGAAAAGGUGAGCAGGCAUUUACCAGCUUGUGCUCAAACUGGUUUCAAAGAAAUGGUUUCUUGCAAAGUAUCUGGAGAUGUAUAUAGAAGCUGUGAUAAAGUUUUAUGGUUAGAAGAAAGAAAUUUUCUCAUAUUUGAAAGUUGCAUGGCCUGUUUUUCAAUAAUUGGAGCUGUUGUUGUGUCAAUCCGUCAGAAACAAUUAGAUCAAAGAAUGAUGAUGCGAAUUCAACAGCAAAUAUCAGCUGGUGUCUAGUUAUAAAACUGUGAUAUUCUCUUCAUAUGUAUAGAAAAUACUACAUUUUUUAUUUAAAACAUUUGACUAACUGUGGAUACAAAUAAUAUAUUCUAAAUCUGGAAAUGUAACAAAUGUGUAAAUAUAUAUAAAGAAAUAACAGUAAA